AUGGGCUUCUUCACUGGCUUCCUUGGUGGCUUUGCCUUCACAUCAUCCGUUCUCUACGUUACAGUACACGUCCACCGCUCAACUCGCAUAGCCCAGCGCAAAGCCAUUCGGGAGCAAGUUGAUCAAAUAGACUGGCUAGUCUCUUCUUCUGGUGCAUAUGAUCGUCGCAAUCUCCCGGUGGAUAUCCCACGGCGCCGACGCGAAGAAUUAGAAGCCCAAAAACAAGCGGAACCGACCAUGAAGGAAAUACUGAAGCAGAGGUGGAACACAGAGGUCGAGAAUCUGACGAGGAAAGCUUAUGAGACAAGAUGGCAGGAUAUCAGAGAUGCUACUGCCGAUGGUUGGAAGGCUGCUACGCAGAUCAUCAAGCGCGAGUAA